AUGGAUAAUGUUAAACCCUACACCGAUCCAAUGUCGGAAGAAGAACAAAACCCUGAUCCAAUGUCGGAAGAAAGAGAACAAAACCCGAAUCCGAUGAUCUACCUAUGUCCCGAUCUAGUGGAAGAAAUCGUCCUUGGAUUGCCGUUGAAUUCAAUCCUCAGAUUCAAAACGGGCUCCAUCUACUGGUUAAAUGUCAAACCUUUCCAGGUACUAGCUUUGGAUCUUCACACACAAGAGUUCCAUAAUGUUCGCUCAAGACCAACUCACGCAACUUAUGCCGACCAACUUGUCAACCUUGAUGACCAGAUCUUACCGUGGAAAGUGCAUUUUAGGCCGGUGGCGGUUUCUAAGCAUGGAAAUGUUUACUUGCAUGACAAUGAAAAGAGGUUGUUGAAAUACUAUCCAAAGACCAACCUCCUUCGUUGCAUCUCUAAAGACACUUGGGUCAUAUCCCCUAUGGUUGAGAAUGUGCUUCCACUUCGGCCUCUAGGCUCUAUUCCCAAGACAUUCGGCUACGGAUCCAUAUCUCAGGAGCUUAACCACAUGCCGGGAUCGAGGAUGUCCAAAUUUCUUAGCAGAAUCCCAACUAUACUGUUUACAACCACUCUAGUGUCUCAAGUUGUUUACCGCUAUUUGUCUUGA